UGAGAUUACAGACAGGGGGCUGAGGACACCCUAGAAAAGGCCUAGAACCGUCCCUGGUCAAUGUUCAGACUGAUUGUUGGCUCUUCAAAAGACUGAUAUUCGUUUCCCUUUCUGUCUGAAUGCUGAGAAUAGAAGCUGAGUCUGUAGAUGUUCUGGUGGAGCAGAGGCCAGAUCUCAGUGUGUUCCUCAUCAGACCAAAACGGCAGCGAGAACAGAAUCAUGAAGGUGUUGAACAAGCAGGUGCUGAAAAAGGCUGAGGAAGCACUCAGACUCUACUUUCCUGAGUCACAACUGGUGUAUGGAUAUGUUUGUCGUAUUAAUCGAGUAGACGUUGAUCCCACAGAUGUGCUGGUGGACCAGUGGCCGGAUUUCUGUGUGCUGCUUGUUAAACCGGGUCAGCAGCAGUUGUCCUGUUCCUUUUAUAUACAGGAUCCAGACUUGAUAAAAGAUGUGUGCAUUUUUACCAAGGACAAAUCAUGUCUCAUGAACAUACUAACCAGGACAGACGUUCUUGACUGGAAGCAGGACAUGAUUUUAAGUGUUGACCUGCAGCAUGAGGCAAUGAUAAAGUCUGUAGCAGCAAACAAAAGUGUACCAAUUAACAAAAUAGUUGUCAGACACUUGAUGAGAUUGCAGGAUCCAUCUAAGCUUCAAGUGGAGAGGUUAUCCUUUCAAGUGUCAUCAGUUAAGGAGUCUCAUUCUGCCUUGAUUAACAGCAAAUGGCUCUUGGGCAGGGGUGAACGCACUGAGCCCCUGAUCAGGAACAUGAUCAGGAACUUCCCUUCGUGUUGUGUGUUGGAUUCAGAGGGUCGGCCGGUGUCGUGGGUCUUGACUUACCCUUCCUGUGCGAUGGGAGUAAUAUACACGCUGCCGGAGCACAGACAGAAAGGCUAUGCCAAAGCCCUGGCCACCACAAUGGCCAAGAAACUACAUUCAAAUGGCUACCCGGUCUACUGCUUCAUUAAUUUGGAGAACCAACCAUCGUACAGGCUUUUGACCAGUUUAGGCUUCACCAGGUAUCUGCCUUAUGCUUGGUUUUAUUUUAAUCUAUGACUGCAUAAUUACUUUUAAGAUAAGGAACAUUCCCAUCAUGAUUGUACAAUUGAAGGUGGUGUUCAGCACAAUAUCUUAUCCAUUUGUAACCCUUUGACUGGUUGGCUCUCCAGUUCCCCUUUAUCAUUUUAAUAUCUAUCCCCAUGUAGUCUUGCUGGCAUGGUUUUUCUUUUUUUUUGUUAAUUUACGUCUUUUUCUUUUAAUAAAUUUCUUGCUAUUUUCUGGUAACAUUAUAUAUUAUUCUGUUUAAGAGCUAUUAAAGUAAUUUUAUUUGGUGUUCGUGCAUUACAACAAUAAAUGCAUGAGAAACUUA